UAAAUUGUAACGCAGAAAGAAAGCAGAGAGGUGUGGAAAGCUAGAGAGAUAAGGGAGGGCGAGACAGUGAGACGGAGGAUGUCGACUUCACCGUCGUUUCUUCAAGCUGGCUGGGCUUAUGCCCAGCCGCGGCAGCUGAAUUGCCUACGAACGAACGAGUUGAGCGGUGCAGCAGCGGCGUCCAACUCCUACCGGCCGCUGAUUCUGGAAGCCAAAGCUAAAACCAGAAGAGAAAACAGAGAUGCUCGCCAUUCUCGUGUCCGAAAGAAAGUAGAAGGGACACCGGAAAGGCCAAGAUUAUGUGUCUUCCGCUCUAACAAGCAUAUCCAUGUCCAAGUGAUUGAUGACACCAGGAUGCAUACACUUGCUGCAGCUUCGACAAUGCAGAAAGCCAUCUCCGAGGGGUUCAACUACAGCUCUGGUCCCACUAUUGAUGUUGCGAAGAAAGUGGGAGAAGUUAUAGCAAAGUCUUGUCUGGAGAAAGGGAUUACAAGUGUUGCCUUUGACCGAGGCGGAUACCCUUACCACGGACGCAUACAGGCCCUUGCUGAUGCAGCUCGGGAAAAUGGACUUCAGUUUUAGAAGCUGGACGCUGGAGUUGGGCAGGGCUUUCAGCUUUUCGCACUUCUUCACUUCUUCUAUUAACUUGGAUAAUUUCAUUUUAUUUCUUCUGCUUCGCUUCUCCUCCUUUUUGUGAGGAGGAUUAAGGAUGAGAAUGUGCAGCUUCAUUUCUA